AUGGAGCUGUUCGAGCUGCUGCGGCUGCUCUUCACCGUGUUGGUCGUUAUUUGUGGUCUGGCCAUGCUGGAUAUCCGACGGCGCGGGUACUGCACCGGGCUCAGCUGGCCACUGCUUAUGAAGCUCUACGUCGUACGCCAGCUGGGGUCUAUCAAAACGUACCUGAUGCAUCGCAAGUUCGAGAAAGAUGUUCGCCACUUCCAGGAGGUGCAAUUCCAGUUCCUGAUGAAUCGGAUUCGUCGGUACACUCUCAUUCCGAGCAUUAUGUUUUUCGAGUUCCUGCCGAUUUUCAACGACCGCAUUCCCGAUCUGGACGAGAUCAACCCCAAGGAGCUCCUCCUCAGUGAGCAAUUGGAAUUGAACAAAACGUACGAGGUCAUCAUCACCAACUCCUCCGGCUUCUAUCGAUUCCGGCUCGGGGAUGUGGUCCGAGUGGUGGGCUUCUACCAGCAAGCUCCGCAGAUCGAAUUCCUCUUCAGGUCAGGCCAGAACCUGAACGUGAACGGAGAAAAGCUCUCCGAGGAGGUGUUCUUCCGCGCCCUGCGCGAGGCAGCAGGCCGCUGGCCGUCCACUCUCAAGGACUACACGGUGGCCGGCAGCCAGUUCGCGCCCAGUCACCAGGGCCUGCUGGACCCGCACUACCUCCUCUUUUUGGAGCUGGACGGCCCGGUCCUGACUGAGGAGCAGACGGGGCUGGUGGAUGACAUCCUUCGGCAGCAGGACGAAGAAUACGCCAGCUUCCGGAAACUGGAGAAGAUCGCCAAGAUCCGGGUGUACCAAGUGGAGCCGGGAGCCUUCUCGCGCUUCCGUGCACACCUGCUGGCGACCACGGCCGUCACGGCCGGCCAGUUCAAGAUGCCCAGAGUGCUGAAGAGCCGUGACAGGGUGGACUGGUUCCUCGAGAAUGUCUGCAACUGA